AUGACUAUUAUAAUUCAUUGAGUUUCUGCUUAUGGAUUUUCCUUUUGCAGUUCUAGUCAUAGUCCUUUGCAUUUCAUGCAAACAAAUCAGUGUUGUCCAAGGGGAUAUAGGCACUGCGACUUCAUAUAAUCCUCCAUACAUGCCUACCAAGUGCCAUGGCAAUAGACAAGACCAGUUCCCACCAGGAAAUCUGUUUGUUGCAGUGAACGAAGGAUUGUGGGAUAAUGGGGCUUCAUGUGGCAGGCGCUACAGAUUAAAGUGCUUGAGCGGAAAUAAUAGGCCGUGCAAGGAAGGUACCAUAAACGUUAGAGUGGUGGAUUUUUGCUUGAAAAAGCCAUGUCCAUCGACCAUGGUCUUGUCUAAAGAUGCUUUUGAAGCCGUUUCGCAUUCUCCCAAUGCUAAAAUCAACAUUGAAUACAUCCAGGUUUAAUAUGCAUUAGCACGUGCAGAUUGUGAACAUCAGCUCCAUGCAUAGGAGAAUUUGUAACAUAUACAAUAAAGAUGUCGUGUACUAUAAUUGCAUUGCUCUCCAAUAAUUAAUUUCUUCCCUUAUUC